AUGAUGCCUUCAUGCUUUAUAUUUCUUUCGUUCUUUAUAAGCUUUAUUUAUACACAAUCAUGUCGAGAAAGUGACUUACAAAUAAAAAGCACAAGUUGUGAUACCUCUGGAAGUAGAUGGCUUUUCAAAAUACCAAAGGAUGAUAGAAAAUGUGACAUAAACAGCUUGAGUUUACCAAGGAAAGUAGACAGUUGUGAGACAACUUGUCCAAGUGGAAUGCAUCUUAACCUAUUGUCACAGAACUGUGAGGUCUGUCCAUCCGGAACGUAUUCAACAGGUGAUAUGCUUGAAGUAACGAAAUGGGAUUCGAUGCCAGAAUUUCUGACCUCUGAUACAACUUAUGGAAGUUCAACUAAUGAAAAAUGCAACUUAACUGGUUGGUCACCUCAAGGUAAACACCUAGUUGGAAAAACAACAGGCAGUUGCACUGUGAUACUUUCAAUGAAAGUUCAUAAUCUUAAGCCUGGAACAAUAACGUUUACAUAUCAAGUUGAAGAAUAUGGAGCAUUGGCUUUCUUUAUUAUAAGAAAUGAACGAUGUACACAAUUACCCGUUGGCCACAAUAUUCUUCAAUGGUAUUUACUUGUUGAAAAUGUUUAUAUACAACAAUUGUAUGGAUUAAAAGAUCCUGAAUUGCAUAUUAAAGAAAUUCGUUUAACUGGAACUCCACCAGUGACUGUAUGUACGCCAUGUGCAGCUGGCAGUUUUGGACCACGAGAAAAAGCUGAUCGUUGUGAGUUAUGUCCAAGAAACACAUAUUCAGCUGAAGGAGCCGAAUCAUGUAAAUCGUGUCCAGCAGAUCAGUAUUCAGGUAAUGGAUCUUCAAGUUGUAGUCCACGUCCUCCAUGUAAGAAAGACGAUUAUACAAGUUAUUGGACAUCGUGUGAUCAACAACAAAUGACACAACGUAAAUGGAAGUGGAUUGAACCAAAAAUAUGUGAUGAAAAUAGUGGUGUUUCUUUACCACAACCAGAGAGUCCAAUAGAUUGUCACAAGUGUCCAAUUGGUACAUUUCCAUUAGAUGGUAAUACAUGUGACUUAUGCUCAGUUGGUAUGAAGAAGCAUUUAUCUAAUUUAGAAACUUGUGUUACAUGUCCAACUAAUGAAGUUCCAAUGUAUGGUUUACGUUUUGAUAAUUGGUAUCGUAUGCCGUCUAUACUGAAAUUGGAUUGUUACAAUUUCUUUGGGACGAAAUGUAAUACAUGGGAACGUGAUCUAACAUUAUUACGUGGUGGAGUUGGCAUGCAUUCAGAUGAAUUGGCAACAUUGGAACUCCCAAUUAAGGAUGGUUUUAUUACAGCAUCAAUAAUUGAUUCAACUGACGAGUAUUCCUUUUAUUUUCAACCACCUAUCUCUAAUACAUUUGUACGUAUUGAAUUUCAAUUAGAUUGUGUUGGUAGAUGUCAGUUUUCUAUGAAACAAGUUUUUGUCGCUGGUAAUGAAAAAAUGAUUGCUAUCUGGGGUGGAUCAUCAAACCGAAGAAAUUUCACGUAUCAUAUAAAAGAUGCAAGUGAAGUUACAUUUAAGUGGAUUUUUGAAAAACCAAGUUCACCAAUUCAUAUACAAGAUCAUGUAAAUAUUUAUCAAAUUGAAGUAACCAAUGUGAAAAAUGAUAAUAUUAUCGGAUGUCAAACAUGUGUUCAAGGAAUUGUCAAUGGAAAGUGUAAAACUUGUCCAUCUGGUCUAUAUUAUUCAGUACAAUAUGAUGAAAUUAAUAAAACAAAUAUAAUCAAUUGUACAAAAUGUCCAAAUAAUUCCAUUGUAGUUGGUGAUGCAUCCAGUUUACAUACAGUUACAGAAGCAUGUCAUUUAUGUGAACCAGGUACAAUUGCAGUGAAUCAUAGUAUAUGUGUGACUGAUACACAACCAAUUACAGCGUCUGGUUCUGAAUAUAAUUUAACUGAUGUGAUUGACAGAGUUCAUCAUGUCUCCAGUCCAAAAAUGUUUACUCCAUCAGGAACGGGGUACUAUCAUGAAUUUCUUAUAAGUAUGGCAUAUGGUAAAACAGUCCAAUGUAUAGAGAAUUCUUCAAUUUAUGAUCAACAUACCGUGAAUGCUUCAAUUUGUCGACAUACCAGAUUUGAGGCGUCCAAUCAAAGGCGUACAAAAACAUACUCAAAACCAACAAGACUAGCUGAUCGCCUUAUUCGUAUGGUGCCCAGUAAUGUGACACUAGACUUUUGGCAAGAAGUAAACAAAAAUUUGACAAAAGCAGGCUGGAUGGAAGACAAAUUCGGUACCGAUUUACAUUAUAUAUUUGCUUCUGAUGAUCAUAGUUCCAAUUGUCCUCAUGGACGAACUACAGUCAUUACAUUACGAUGUGUAUUUACUCAAAAUUUUGAAACAUUCAUGUAUCAAGUAAAAGAUUUCAGUGAAUAUAUAACUGGUAAAAUUGAAUUACCACCAUUGUGUCCAGAUGGUACUUGUGAUGGAUGUACUUAUCAUUUUCUAUGGACUUCAAUGUAUGCUUGUCGUAUGUGUCAAGAAAACGAUUAUGAAAAAAUUCUUAGUGAGUGUAGUUAUGGUCGUAGACAGGUUCAUCUCCGUGCUCCAUGGGAAUGUCGUGUUCCACAGAACAGAAAUCUCACCCUGAUUGAAAGUUGUCCACUUUUGUCUAAAUCUCAAACAGCCGCCGUUCUAUUGACUGUAAUAAUUCUAAUUAUUUUAGGAUUAAUCAUCUUCAUGUGUCAUCGUCGAAAUAAGAAACUAGAAUAUAAAUACAUGAAACUUGUUCAAAGUACAUCGGGGAAAAAUCAAGUAACUAGUUGUGCAAUAGAAGGUGACGGCGAUAUGGAUAAAGGAGGAAGUGUAUAUUACACUACAAUGAAUAAUAAUAAUAACAGUAAUAAUAAUAAUGAUAAUUAUAAUAAAACACGAAUUAAAUCACCUCCAAGUUAUGCUGAUUCAACUGGAAUUGUAUUAGAACCAAAUGAAUUUUUGAAAAAUGAUCAUUUCACACAAAUGGGAUUUAAGGGAUUGCCUAAAGUGAAUCUCCCACCGAUUAUCUACAAAAAUAAAUCGGAUACAGACCGUGACAUUCUUACAGAGAAUGAUCAUGUUCUAUGA